GCCGGCAGCGACACCGACACCGCCACCGCCGGAGCGAGCGGUCCCCGCCGCCACCGCUGCCCGGGCGCGGCGGCUCUCGGCGCGGCGCGGGAGGACGGGGCAGAGCGGCGAGGGGCGGCCGGAGGCGGCGGGGCCGGUGCCCAUGUGCCCGCGGUCGCGGCGGGGCGAUGAGGCCGCGAUGAGCACGGCGGGCGAGGGGACCCUGCGGCCCUGGAAGCCCGACCCGGGGCAGGCGGACGGGGGGCGGCCGCCCCCGCCGGGCCCGGCGCUGCCGCUGACCCUGAGCGUGCUGGCCUGGCUGGGCACCGGCACCACCAUGGCCGGCCUCAACAAGUGGAUCUUCGCGGCGCACGGGUUCCGGUACCCGCUGCUGCUCUCCUCGCUGCACAUGCUGUCGGGGGUGGCCGUGGGGUACCCGCUGGGCUGGGCGCGGGGUGCCCGUUCCCCGCGGCCCCGCGCCCGCAUCUACCUGCUCAGCCUCACCUUCUGCUCCAGCGUGGCCCUGGGCAACCUGGGCCUGAGCUACGUGCAGCUGGACGUGGCACAGGCCGUGGCCACCACCACGCCGCUGGUGACGCUGGUGCUGGGGGUGCUGGGGGGCCGGCGGCCGCACCCGCUGCAGUGCUGGCCUCUAGGUGUGCUGCUGCAGGAGGACCAUCUGGAUGCGCUGUCCCUGCUCGGCCUGACGUCCCUGCCCAGCUUCGUGCUGCUGUUCGGGGCGGCCGUGGCGCUGGAGCUGGGCCCCUCGUGGCAGGGGGUGCUGCGCCCCGACGCCGCGCUCUGGGGCUGCGUCCUGCUCAGCUGCCUGGGCUCCGUCCUCUACAACCUGGCCACAUCCUGCCUCCUGUCCCUCACCUCCGCCCUCACGCUGCACCUCCUGGGCAGCCUCACCGUGGUGGGCAACCUGCUGCUGUCCCGCCUGCUGUUCGGCACGCGGCUGGGCGCGCUGGGCUACGCCGGCGUGGCGCUGACGCUGGCGGGGAUGGUGCUGUACCACCAGCCCCAGCUCCUGGCCGCGCGCUGGCCCCUGUGGGCACCGCGGCGGCACCCGCACCGAGAGUAGGGCUCGGAGGGUGGAGCGGGGGCGAGGGCAGGGGGGCUGGGGAGCUCGGCUCAGCGAGCACGUGUGUGUGCUGAGGGGUGUGGUGCUGGGCACGAGUGUGCGCCAGUGCGUGUGGCACCGCACGUGUGUGUGUGACUGUGCGUGUGUCUGCCGGGGUGUGACACGCGGAGCACGUGGG